AGGACAUGUUUCAGCCAAUCAGAGCAAUCGUGCUGUAUUCUCAAGACGUGUGACCGUGCAGUUUUCAGAUCAAAAUAAAAGAGUGGCAGCGGGGUCACCAUGCCCUACCUGGCCUCAGAGGAGACGGCGAGGGAGCUGAAGAGGGCUCUGUCCAACCCCAACGUCCAGUCCGACCGGCUGCGCUACCGGAACACCAUCCUCCGCGUCAUCCGGUUCAUGACCCAGGGGCUGGACAUGUCUCCGCUCUACAUGGAGAUGGUGAAGGCUAGUGCCACGGUGGACAUCGUGCAGAAGAAGCUGGUCUACCUGUACAUGUGCACCUACGCGGGGCUGAAGCCUGACCUGGCACUGCUCGCCAUCAACACCCUGCGCAAGGACUGCGCCGACCCCAACCCCAUGGUGCGCGGCCUGGCCCUCAGGAACAUGUGCAACCUCAGAAUGCCCGGUAUCACAGAGUACACCCAGCAGCCGGUGCUGAGCGGCCUGAGGGACAAGGCCUCCUACGUCCGCAGAGUGGCUGUUCUGGGCUGCGCUAAGAUGCACAACCUGCAGGCCGACGCAGAGAUCGAUGGUGCUGUGGUGAAUGAGCUGUACAGCAUGCUGAGGGACCCAGACCCGGUGGUGAUGGUCAACUGUCUCAGGGCAUUGGAGGAGAUCCUGAAGGACGAAGGAGGCGUGGUCAUAAACAAACCAAUCGCUCACCACCUCCUCAACAGACUGAAGGACCUGGACUGCUGGGGUCAGAGUGAGGUCCUGACCUUCCUCCUGCGGUACCGGCCGAGGGAGGAGGACGAGCUCUUCGACGUCCUCAACCUGCUGGACGGCUUCCUGCGGAGCGCCCACAGCGCCGUCACGGCCGCCACGCUCCGCCUCUUCCUGCGGCUGGCCGCCGCCCACCCCGCCGUGCAGGCCGACGCCCUGGGGCGGGGCCGCGGGCCCCUGCUCUCCGCCUGCACCGCGCACUCGCGCGAGCUGCGCUUCGCCGGCCUGUGCCACGUGCAGCAGGUGCUGCGGAGCCUGCCCGCCGACUUCGCCGCCCACUACAAGAAGUUCUUCUGCAGCUACGCCGAGCCCGGCUACGUCAAGUUCCGCAAGAUGGAGAUCCUGGUGGAGCUGGUGAACGACGAGAACGUGCCGCUGAUCCUGGAGGAGCUGCAGGCCUACUGCACCGACGUCUCUCCCGAGCUGGCCCAGGCCGCCAUCUUCGCCGUCGGCCGGAUUGGUCGGACGUACAGCGAGAGGUGCCUGAGCAUUCUCACGGGUCUGCUAGGCCUGCGGCAAGAUCACAUCACUUCAGCUGUGGUGCAGACGUUCCGUGACCUGGUCUGGCUGUGUCCCCAGUGCACUUCCUCUGUGUGCUCUGCCGUUGCGGGCUGUGAAGACUGUAUUCAGGACAGUGAGGGGAAGCUGGCGUUGGUGUGGCUGCUGGGCGUGCACGGAGAGCAGAUCCCCAGCGCCCCCUACGUGCUGGAGGAGUACAUCGACGGGCUGAAGGCUGAGCUGUCGCCGGUGGUGAGGCAGGAGCUCCUGACUGCCACGGUGCGGCUGUUCCUCUCCCGGCCCGCUGAGACCCAGGACAUGCUGGGAAGGCUGCUGCAUUACUGCAUCGAAGAGGAGAGUGACAUGUGUGUGCGUGACCGGGCCCUGAUGUGUUAUCGUCUUCUCCGGGGCGGCGUGGAGGGGACCAGACGCGUCCUGGGUGGCCCCAAAUCCGACCCCUCCCUGGGCGUUAUCACGGGGCGCCCCAACGAACCCAUCAACAGCUGGGCCCCCCAUUUUAACACCCUGCAGCCCCUGUCCAGCCGGGAGACUUGGGCUGACGCCGCCACUAGGGGCAGCACUGAGCCAACACCCAAACUCUCCGUGGAGCCCUCCCUGGCAGGGGCGGAGGCCGGAGAGGUGACCACGCCCGACGCUGCAGAAGAAGCGGGGGCCUUCUCUCUGACCCUGGCGCCCGUCCUCUCCCCCGAGGCCUUCGAGAAGCACUGGCUGCAGCUGGAGACUUCCCACACCCAGACCCUGCGCUGCCCAGGGCCUCGUUCCCCCCCACAGACCCUGCAGGCCGCCCUGCAGCUGGUCAAAAUCCAGGCCCUGGCUUUCAGCAGGCCCGACGCCUCGCCCUGGAAGGCCUACCUGUGCACCCACGGGCCUGGCUCUCUGAUAUUAGCGGAGCUGCUGCACGACGCCGAUGCUGACCGACUCCAGCUGACGGUCAAACAGGAGCCGAGAAACGAGCAGGGCCUGAGGGGGUUUGUGUCGGUCCUACAGACCGUGCUACAGACCGUGACCACUGACUGCGUCUCCGCCCCUUAUUCUGAACACGGGAGCACCCUUAGAGAGUAGUCUAAUGAGAUCUGCCAAGUAAUUUUAUUGGACAUUAUUUAAAUGAUUUUUUUUUUUUUUUUUUUGAUUUUUUUACUUUGUUUAUUUUUUCUUGUAUUUGGUUCCCUGUGUUUGGUGUCAACAGAGCAUUGUGAAUGUGUGUCCAAUCAGAAAUCAGUUUUGAUAUUUUGCUGUAAAUAUGUGUCGGAUGCAUGCGUUCAUGAUGAAGCGUUUCCAAACGUACAUUGUAAACCUUUAACCAAACUGAAACUGAGGAUGUAAGCAAGGUUUGCUCUCUCAGCAAUGAUUUCAGAGGAUUCAUUUCAGACUUCUAACAGUCAAGAGAGGAACUGCAGCAACAAACACCCUCAAACCACGACACUGUUUAUCCCUCCCCCUUCUCUGUGAACUCGCUGAUGUUGAAACGCAAUUGGCUGUGGCAAUUAGAACCAAUUUUAAACCAA